UGCUCUUCUUCUUCUUUCUUCCCGCUGCAGCCGAACAAAAGAAGCCCAACCGCCGGUGACAUUUUCUUGAGGAAAACCGGUUGAAAGCUUGAAGAUUUCUCCUUCUUUUCUUGUUCUUGAACCCAGAAAUUCUCCCCCCCUUGCUGGAAAUCCGGAUCUGCUCUGUUCUUCCUUCCUCACCGCUGGCUGCUCUUGCUUUGUGGGGGCAAAUUGCUUUGAUUUUCCGUUCCCGUGAGUCCCCUGCACUGCCGUCGGCCUCCCCCAAUCUGCAGUCCGGUUUUAGCUGGAAAAUUGUGGUCUUCGAUCGUUCUAUCAGUUAGCACUGAGAUUGAGUGCUCGGUUUUAUGUGAGUGAGGAAACGAAACCGAAGACGGGGAAACCAUGGAAGUGACGAGUUAGAAGGUUAGCCAUUUUGAGAUUGACAUAGAUUUAGAAAUAAAUCAUGAUCUUGUAAACUCGACUUUAUUGGAGAUUUAUGAUAUCAGAGCAGAUUUUAAAAUUUGAUCUUCAGAUUUUGAUGGUAUCAGAUUGUGAUUUGAUUAAGUUCCAAGCCUUGUGCAUUUGUGGGACCCGUCUCACGAGUGCACAGUAUCUGCCACGUCCCCAGAUUUGGGUUCUGGGGCGUGACAACAGCUCUGCAAGCUAAUUUGGUGUCAAUUAGUACCUACUAAAGUUAGUUUUUUUUAGUGGAGAUUAUGUCUCGAGCAUUUUCCAACAAAGUGGAUCUUACAAAAGAGAGGAGUGGUUUUAGUGGGGGGAUUGGGGUGUGGGUUGUGUAAUGAGGAGGUAGAAGAUUGUAAUCAUGUCUUUUGUACAUGUAAGGAAGUGUGGUUAAUAUGGGUUAAGGUGCUAUCUUGGAGGGGAAUGGAGACUGUAUUGCCGAAUGUAGUGGAGAGAUUAGUAGAAUUUUUCUUGUGUGGGUUGGGUAGGGUGAUAGGAAAGGAAUUGGGAUCUUGCCUUUUCCUUGUUACUUCCUAGUACAUAUGGUAUUGGAGAAAUUGUAGAGUCUUUAAGGGAAAUGUGGUCCUAAGGGAUGAUUUGUUGGAUAUGAUACAGGCCAAGACUUUCUUCUAGAUUAAAAAUAAAUUGUAGGGCUGUAUUUUUUCGCUUUGUGAUUGGAAGGUUAAUCCGCUGGAGACUGCUACUGCUAUAGGAAAGAACAAAAGCAUGAUGAAGGAGUUUGGUAUGAAUACAAAUGGUAGGGUGGUUUAGUUGCAUAAUGCAUUUUUUUGUCUUGGAAAUGGUUGUUGUAAUAGUACUUGAUGUUUUUAAACUUUUGUUGGACGUAGUUUAAUUUUGUAUAUGGGUUGGAGUAUUCCUUGUACUUCG